AUGAAAUACUUUAUCGCCCUCGCGCUCUUCGCUGCCAUGGCUUCUGCCAGCGUUAUCCCGCCCGCGGUUAUCGCUAGCGACAACCCUGAGAUCCAAGAGAUCGUGGCUGCUAUCCAGAGUCCCAGCACUGACCCCGCUACAGCUGCCGCUCUCGAACAGAUGCUACUGGAUAUCCUCGGAUUGAACCAACCCGAGCCCGUUGAGGUUGGACCCGCCGUCGUUGACAACCCUGAGCCUAUUUCAAUCGGACCCGCUAUCAUCGAUUUCCCUCUGCCCGACGGAGGUGCCGUGACUGAGGUACAUCCCGCUCCCGUGAUGCCCGCUCCUGUUGCCCCCUCUGCGGGCGCCCCUCUUGUUCAAAUCAUCCUGAAUAUCAUGUCUACUUCUGACGUUGCCGGUUCCCCUGUUGCUAUUGAAACCAUCCCAUCCCCCUCCCCAGCACCCACCCCCGUUCAUGUGGUUGAUGAAGCUAUCGAACCCAUGCCUGUUAUCGUUGUAGACAAGCCUAUCGUUCCCGAGCCCGUCACCGUCGUCGAAGAAGCCGCUGUACCCGAGGCUGUUAUAGUCGCCCAGCCUAUCAUCGCAGUCCCCGCUGUCGUACCUCCUGAGAUCCUUAACUAA